AUGACGAGGAACUCCGUCAGUUAUCAACAAAGCGAACAACCUCUCGUGGACGCAUUGAAAUUUGCGCGUUACCCAUCCGAUAUACCAAAUAAUGAUUAUUCGUUCGAAGAUGUACCGAUUUUGCGGCGUGAAUGUACUGGUGAUGCUUCCGAGAUUGCCUUGCUGAAAUACUCCGAACUGACUUUGGGCAGUGUGGCCAGUUUUCGAGCGCGUAAUCGAAAAGUCGCUGAAAUACCGUUCAAUUCCACCAACAAAUAUCAGGUUUCCAUUCACGAAACCGAUGACAACGAUAAAUCGUACUUGCUGGUAAUGAAAGGUGCUCCGGAACGAAUUCUGGAUCGAUGCACUACGAUUAUGCUGAACGGAGAGGUGGUACCACUGGACCAUAAUCGCAGAAAACGCUUCGAGGAAGCAUAUUUGCAGCUGGGUGGUAUGGGUGAGCGCGUCCUGGGAUUUUGUGACUACCGAUUGGAUCCUCAGAAAUAUCCCAAAGGUUCCAUUUUGUGUUGUAUUUGGGGUGUGUAUGUGUAUAUGUAUGUAAUGUAUGUGAAUAUCUGUGUGUAUUUUUGUGUGUUUGUCAAAUUACCUCGGACGAGGUUGUUCUAA